AUGCCGCCGCCAAAUUUUGUUAGACGGUCACCAAUAUCAAAAAAAGGAUCUGAUUCUCGAUAUGCCGUUAUAAUAGAUGCCGGGUCAAGUGGGUCCCGGUUGUUUGUGUACGAAUGGCCAGAUCCAAUUCAGUACAGAGCUGAACAAUCCAAAAAUAAAAAAUCAUUGCAGUCACUACCACCACUUCACUUAGACCCACAAUGGAAGAAGAAGACUAGCCCUGGAAUUUCAUCAUAUGCAAAGAAACUAGACAAGGUCUGGACUGACCACUUACAAGAACUCAUAAAACAUGCACAGUCUAUUAUCCCUGCCGAAGAACAUUUUUCUACGCCUAUCUAUUUUUUGGCUACUGCUGGAAUGAGACUGUUACCGGACAAAGAUCAAGCAAGUCUAUUGAAUGAAGUUUGUUUGUCUUUGAAAGAAAACACAAAUUUUUACCUACCAGAAUGUGAGAGCCAUAUCUCAGUAAUAGAUGGUGAAACAGAGGGGUUAUAUGGAUGGCUAGCGUUGAAUUAUCUGCUAGGUCCCACUAGGAGCUACAGCGAAAAUGCCCACUCUUUUGGGUUUAUGGAUAUGGGUGGUGCAUCUGCUCAAAUAGCAUUUUCUCCGAACAAGACUGAAACUGAACGUCAUCUUGAUGAUUUAUAUGAUGUUCAUUUGAGAAGUUUGGAUGGUGAAGAUCAUGAAUGGAAGGUAUUUGUGUCAACAUGGUUGGGAUUCGGUGCUAACGAGGCGAGGAAGCGUCUUUCUGAAUAUUUAGUGCUAAAUAUUGACUCAUUGCCUAAUCACCAACACGAUGCAGCAUUAAAUACAAUUUCAGACCCAUGUGCUCCAGCGGGACAUUCUUUUAACUAUUAUGAUGGCUCCAACACGAAUGUCACGUUUAUAGGAACCGGUGACUUCGAACAUUGUUUGAAUCAGUUGGUACCACUACUUAAUAAAGGCCUUCCAUGCAAAGAUGAACCAUGUUUGUUUAACGGAAUUCAUGUUCCCGCAAUUGAUUUUAAUUCAGACAAGUUGGUUGGAGUGAGCGAGUAUUGGUAUACAGCCAACGAUGUUUUCGAUAUGGGUGGCAAGUAUGAUUUUGCCAAGUUCAGUAGUAAGGCCAAGGAGUUCUGUUCAUUGUCUUGGGAAGAAGUUUUAGCAAACAGUGAACAAGGGGUGUAUAAAGAUAUGAAAAAAGAGUACUUAUCUACAGCAUGCUUUAAGGCAGCUUGGGUGGUAAAUAUUUUGCAUGAGGGAUUUGGAGUACCAGUAUCAGAUAAUGGCAAAGUUCUUUUAGAAUUGGAUAAACGAGCUACAUCUAUUGAUUUUGAGAAUCAGUUAGAUACCAGGAACAUCCAUGAUUUCAUUGAUCCAUUCCAAAGCGCAGUUUCAAUCGACGGUGUCGAAUUAACUUGGACUCUAGGCAAGGCAAUGCUCUAUGCAUCUAGUCAGAUACCUUCUGCUAGACCGGGUAUGAUAGAUGUCGGAUAUAUGCCUGCUGGUGUACCUAAUCCACAAUAUAUUAUCGGGGGCGAAGGGAUUCCAUUCAGCACACCUAUUCGUCAUGCACCCGUUAUUUCUGGAAUUCACAUUCUAUUUGUUUUUCUAAUAUUACUUUUCUGGCUUGCUUUCGCAUAUUUUAAAUCAUUUUUGGGUCGCGGUCAUUCCUCACGCAGAUUUCUUGGGUUUUCAUCAUUAUUUCAUAAUAAACUUCGAUAUCUGACUCAUCCCAUAUGGUCAGUUUAUUCUAGGUUCUCAGGAAAUGGCAAGUCGUAUAUAGAUGACUUUGGCCGUGAGGAUGCUGACCGAUUAUUAGAAGAGGGUCUUAACGAGGCAGAUUUUUCACUGAAAAGCUAUCCCGGUUCACCAUCUGGAUCCAGAACCUCAUAUGCUCCAAGAAGGAUGAAAUCAUCGGGAAACCUUGGAAAAUCUACGUCUAUGUUGGAUCUCAACAGCGUUCCUUCUAGAGUGAGCAGUAGACUCAAUAUGAGACCCGAACCAAUACGUCCUAUUUCGUCAUUUGAUCUUCGUGAUGAGGGUCUUAAAUAA